AUGGCCGAAUAAAAUAACCAAGUUAAGGAACUCAAAUAAUAUUUAGCUUUUUUUAAUCAAAAAAAGGAUGAAUCAUUCAAAGAGUUGAAUUUAGAUUUUAAGGAUUUUGUUUCUGAUAACAUAUAAGACUCCACAAUAUACAAUAAAGAUGAUGUACUCAAUCUAAUAAAUAAAUGGAAUGACUAAGUUAAAAAAACCUUGUCUAAUGAUAUCUCCAAUAUGAGCAGAAUGUCUGCUAUAUAUCUUUAAUAUUUAUUUUAAUAAACAGGAGUUGAAUUUUCACUUAAUCUCAAUCUUCUUGAAGACAUUAAAAUGAUAGAAAAUAUGAAGAAAGUAGAAAACACUGAUACAACUUUUUUAGCAAGCAGUGAAGUUAAAAAUCCUUUAAAGGCUGUUUAGGGUAAACUUCCAAGUCUUUUUGAAAGCCAAAAAACUGACUAGAAUUUGCUAAAAAUUGAGUAGCUAGAAAAUGAACUAUCUCAACUAAAAUAAGAAAAUGAAAAAUUAAAGGAAAAUGUUAAAGCAUCUUCUUAAGGAAAGAUAGGAACUGAAUAUGAAAUAUUGGACCUAUAGGAAAAGUUUGAAAAACUGCAAACUGAACAUAAGCUCCUACAAGAAGAUUCAUAAAAGAAGCUCAACGAAAGUGCAUAGUUCAACAACUUAAAAAAAAUGAUUUAAUAAAAAAAUGAACAGAUCAAAGAAUUUAAAGAUCGUUUAAGCAAAUACGAAAAGGUUGAGUGA